AUGAAAAUGACUAACAGUACUAUCGCAACCGCUGGCGCCUGUCUCACUCUCUUCGUAGGAUUCGCAAUCAUUUUUUCCAACGUUUCCGACGAAAUACCAGGGUCGCCAGUUAAACUGCCCGUUACAAUAACGAAAACUAAGUUAUCCCUCACAGCCUUGUUUCUUAAGAUUAAAAUUUUCUUCAUGUCCGUAAACAGGAUGGUUUACUACCCUACCUACAAGGGGUUUCAAAAGCAGCUUACAGCUCGUUGUAAGGUCAUGAGCGAUACCGAUUCAGUCACCGUCAAGGUCAAGACAAUUUACUUUGUUCGACACGGGCAGUCAAUUUUUAACGAUUUGACCGUGAACAAGAACGUUUUCGUGAUUUUGUUUAAGACGAUUCGUCUUAUUCUAUUUGAAACUUUCCUUUUGUUCACCAACGAUGUUUUAACAUAUGACUCUCCCCUCAGCUCAGAGGGUAUUUCUCAAGCCAUGAAUGCAGCUCAAUUCUUAUCUUCUCACAAAAAUCAAAAUGAUCCAGAUAUAGCAUUACUGAACGGGAAAUCGACUGUUCCUUCUGUUUUAUUUUCAUCAUUUUUGAGGCGUUCUCAAGGCACGACAGCGCUGCUUUUUCAAUCACGUUUAACCAGCAACGACGAGAACAUAUAUGUCACUCAUGAGCUCGAUGAGGUUGUUAGGAAUCCAGACUGUGUUUCCAUGCACACUGUAUUUAAGUCAAUUACCUUUCCACUAUUGGAGCAGCUUUUUUCUCCACAGUCCUACUACAGAUACUUGCGUCUGAGGAUGGUGGAAAACGACCCUUAUAUGAUUAAGACUCCCUACGUGAAGGUUAUUAAAUUCUUUGACAGAAUCUUCCACAAGUUCGACGAGGACGUUAUCAUUGCAGUUGGCCAUUCAAGGUGGAUCCGAUUUGCCAUGAGGGUCUUUUUCCCGCCGAAUUCAGUGGAUUUGGACGUUUUAAAUAAAAAGUUGACCAAUGUUGGUAUUAUCAAGUUUGAUGUACAUUUGAAGAAGAACAUUGCUGGUGAACACUCGUACACUUUUGACCCUAAGUCCUUCAGGAUUAUCUAUGGGUCAUUUAAAUAA